UAUUAGUAUAAAGUGAGUAUGAUAAGUGACCAGAAGAUCGAGUUUAACUGUUAUGGAUAUUCAGCGUUGCAAAUCACUUCUUUCUAUCUUGUACUCAGUUGCUAAACAAGGCAGGCAAGGUUGUGGCACCAGUCAUACUUCAUAGAAGUCACAAUGAACUAGGCAUACCUUAAACUAAAUACUAAGGUAUCUCCCUUAACAUAAUUAUUUUUAGUCGUUUUCAAACAUUUUUAGCUCCUUAAUUUAAUUUGACCCUAUGUUUUUAAAUGCAGAACCCUUUGGUUACCUGGCUUACCCAAAAUAAAGUUUUUGUUUUUCCGGCUUCAUACCACCCAUGACCCUCCGGGUAGAGCCUCUUGUACAUCGCGCUGCUCGCAUUUGUCCCGGGCAUUCGUCAAGCCUUGAAAUACGUGCAGAGAAUUAAAACCAAUCAAGCAUUUUGUCAUCUUUUUAAUAACGUUAUGUAUUUUAAUUUUUUUUGUCUCUGGUACCUAACGAGCGAGUACAGCCUGAACGCUUCCGCACGCACUCAGUGUUACCCAUGGGUGUCUUCAAAUUGCCGUAGUCCUCCAUGGCCUAAAAAGCACUGUUGUAAAACGGAGAAAAGUUUCUUCUUUACAGACACCUUUGAGUGACAUGGCAAAUGACUUAAUACACAGCUCCGGGGUACGGUAAGAUGAGAGACCCUGGGAACAAGGUUGGUAAGGUAGUUCGCCAGCAGUCUGAUCAAGUCAGCGGUGUGGUAUACUAUUCAAAAUGGCGGCGACGAUGGCUGCUCUAGCGGGCACUCGAGUCAUCGAACUUGCGGGGCUGGCUCCUGCACCGUUUUGUGGGAUGAUCCUGGCAGAUUUUGGGGCAGUAGUUACUCGAAUAGACAAAGUGAAAAAUAUGUCCACUAUCGAUAAACUUGCACGUGGAAAGAGAUCCAUCUCUGUCGACCUACAGAAUCCCCAGGGAGUUGCCAUCGUUCGAAAGCUUUGUUCUCAGUCCGAUGUGUUGAUUGAUCCUUUCAGACCAGGAGUCUUGGAAAGACUGGGCUUAGGACCGGAAAUACUAUUGAAAGAGAAUCCGAGAUUAAUUUACGCUCGAUUAACAGGUUAUGGCCAGACAGGUUGCUAUUCCAAGAGGGCAGGCCAUGAUAUAAACUAUGUUUCCAUUAGUGGUUUGCUGUCGAAGCUUGGACGCAAGGAUCAAAAACCAACACCACCAAUCAAUCUGUUAGCAGAU